CGCCCCGGCGCCAUUGAUCCCAGCUGAAUAUCUCUUCUCCGCACAACGAGCCAACGAAACCGCCAAAAGCAAAAGCGUCAUCGUAAUCUCCCUCCGGCCGGCCUUUCUUGGCUCCGUCGUUUCUCGCCAAGCGAGUUCGAUCGCUCCAAAGACCUCAAAUUUCUGGUCGAUUAAUCUGCGUACCGGAGAGUAUAAACACCAUGGGGAAUCGCAAGAAGUUGCUGCAGUUUCUACGGCCGGACCCGGCGGUGGCGGCGGCCAAGUCGCCGUCCAUUUCUUCCUCCUCCUGCUCCGACGACGAAGACAACGACGACGCGCUCUCGCCGCUGCCGUCCCCGAUGGCAACGCCCAGCAGCACGCAGACCUCAGCCACGGCGUCGCCCUACGCCGCCUCGCCAUGGAUAAACCUCCCCGGCCUCCGCGCCGGCGCCGGCGACAACACGCCGGACCUGAAGACGACGACGGGGCUGCUCGGCUCCCUGGUGAAGCCAGACGGCCACGUGUACUCGCUGGCCGCGUCCGGGGACCUCCUCUACACGGGCACCGACUCCAAGAACGUCCGCGUCUGGCGCGACCACCGCGAGUCGUCCGCCGCCGGGUUCCGCUGCGGCAGCGGGCUGGUAAAGGCCAUCGUCGUCUCCCCCUCCGACGGCCGCAUCUUCACCGGCCACCAGGACGGCAAGAUCCGCGUCUGGCUCCCCAAUUCCUCUUCCGACAACAACAACAACAGCUUCAUCCAGCACAAGCGGGUGGGCUCGCUCCCGAGGCUGGGCGACUACCUGCGGAGCUCCGUGAUGCCGUCGCGGUACGUGGAGACCGGCCGGAGGAGGAAGAGCUGCGUCUGGCUCAGGCACUUCGACGCCGUGUCGUGCCUGUCCCUGGACGCCGCCGCCGGGGUGCUGUAUUCCGGGUCGUGGGACCGGAGCUUCAAGGCCUGGAGAGUCUCCGACUCGCGGUGCCUCGAGUCCAUGGUGCACGCCCACGACGACGCGGUGAACGCCGUGGCUGUUGCGGGCUUCGACGCGCUCGUGUUCACCGGCUCCGCCGACGGGUCCGUCAAGGUCUGGCGCCGGGAGCACCUCGAAGAAGUCGCGAGGAAGAAGAAGAAGAAGAAGAAGGGGGGGAAGACGACGAGGCACGUGAUGGAGCGCGUGCUGAGGAAGGGGGACAGCGCCGUGAACGGCAUCGCGGUGUGCGUCGAGGCGAGGGUGGUGUACGUGGGGUCCUCGGACGGCGCCGUGACCCACUGGCAAUGGCGCCGCGGCGGAGACGGCGGCGCCCCGCCGAGGAACGGCGGCGUGCUUCGCGGCCAUGGGAACAUGGCGGUGCUGUGCGUGGCCGUGGCCGGCGGGCGCGUGGUGGCGAGCGGCGGCGCGGACAGGACCGUCUGCGUGUGGCGGCGCGACGAGGGCGCGCAGCAUAGCAAGAUCGCCGUGCUCAAGGGGCACACGGGGCCCGUCAAGUGCGUCGCCAUGGACCUCGAGCUCGAGGACGAGGACCGCGGCCAUGGCGAUGGCGACGGGUACCGGCGGUGGGUGGUGUACAGCGGCAGCCUCGACGGGUCCGUCAAGGUGUGGCGCGUGUCCGACGCGCCGGACGCGAGCACGACGCCGACGCCGGCGCGCGCAUGGAACGGAUCACCGUCGCCGCCGCUGGCGGGCGCGUGGACGCCGUCCUCGCGGCUUCGGGGAUGAACGCGCGGGGCAAUGUAGAGCGCGCACGUGGAACCCGUGUGGCCGCGCGCGGUAGUCUGGCUAGCUAGGGAGUGAGUACGCAGUACGUAGGAUUGACUACGUGUAUGUACGCCGUAUUUACGUAUGCAUGUACGGUGUGGCGUAUGUUGAUUGAUUUGUUUUGUUUGAUUGUUUUCUGGAGGCCGGCGUGGGCCCGCAAAUGGAAUGGACGGUGGGAUGAUGUUGAUGGGCUUGAUUAUUUGUGGUGGAGAUUUGGUCGGUGAUCGAUCGGAGCGGCUGGUGGCGGGGGCCCGGCUGGGGAGACCAUGACUGCUGACUUGCUCAGAGAUCCAUUUGUACACUCUCUCGAGUAAGCAAAGGGGGAAUGGAUUUAAUUAGCUGUGACUUUCGGAGAUGUGAACGGUGUGUUUUCGUGUCUCUUUUGUGCGAGACAAAGUUGUCACACAAAGGUUUUGUUCUUGCUUUGCUUGUGUGAGAAGAAAAGAAGAAAAAUAUGAAGAGAUCAUAUUGGUGGUGUGGCCGGUUUGCUUUGCUUUCAUUCUAGCUAGGCCAUGCAUGUCUCAUCAGAUUUUAAGACUUUCGAGACGCAUUGAUUCCGGACGGUUGCUUCAUGUGAAGCAACUAAAGAUGUAGAUGCCUGUCGUUUGGGGGAUAAUUAAGCCUGAUGGACGUA